AUGUGGACACGUCUUGCAGCGCAAAGUUUGAAACGCCCUUGGGACGAUCUGGAAGAGUCCCUCCUGCGGCGGUUUUCAGAUACAAUGCUCAGGUCACUCCAGAAAGUCCGUAAACGUUAUGGCAUGCCUAUCAAGGCUAGGAAGAGGCAAAGGAGGUUCCAACCUUUCCAAGUUCCCCAACAGCAUCCUGUGCUACAAGAUGUACCAAUUCAGCAAGUACCCCAGCCUUUGACUUCUAAGGCUCAGCCUCAGCAACAGCAUCAAUUUGGCUCCCUUUCGCCGUCGACUAACCAUGUUCCCCCACAGUAUUCAGUGUCGCCUGCCUUUAACCCGGUACGGACCUUACUUCUCCGUGGGGCCGUCACCACCUCUGUAGAUCUUACAGACGCCUAUUAUCAUGUCCUGAUAGCGCGACACUUCCGACCAUUCCUGGGCUUCAAACUAGGGAAAGAAGCCUAUUCCUUCGGGCUGAAUAUAGCCCCAAGGGUUUUCACGAAACUGGCAGAGGCAGUGGAGCAGGAGCUAAGGUCUCAGGGUAUAUUGGUGGUGGCGUACCUAGACGACUGGCUAACCUGGGAGAUGGACAAACACAAGUGUAUGAAAGCCACGGACAAGGUCAUGUCUUUCCUGGAAUAUAUAGGGUUCAAGAUCAACAGGGCAAAGUCCCGGUUGACCCCAGAGUCCAAGUUCCAGUGGCUAGCCAAGCUCAAGGACAUCAAUCGAGUUUGGCGUUCAAAGGCCAAUGCCAAGUGUCGGGACAAGAUCGGCUGGAUACCUCUGAUUCUCAGGAAACGUCUGCGUCCAUGGGCACAGGAAACGUCUGCGUCCAUGGGCAAAGGCCGCAAACCUAGCCAAAGAGUUACCGUUGCAGUUCCCUCCCCCGUCCCUAGUGGUGCAUACGGACACACCACUGACAGGUUGGGGAGGUUAUUCACAGCACGAGAAGGUUCAGGGAACUUGGUCACCUCAGUUCCAAAAGCUUCACAUCAACAUCCUGGAAGCUAUGGCAGUGUUUCUGACCUUAAGGAAGCUCCGUCCUCCGAAGAAGACUCAUAUCAGGUUGGUCCUCGACAGUGCGGUAGUGGUACACUGUAUAAACAGAGGUGGUUCAUAGUCAAGUCAUGUGAACCACGUGAUAGCAAUUAUUUCUCUAGCAGCCAAGAACACCUGGCAUCUAUCGGCUACCCAUCUGGCAGGAGUCCACAAUGUAGUGGCAGACGCACUGUCCCGAUCAGUCCCCCUGGAGUCAGAAUGGUCACUGGACCAGGAAUCCUUCAAGAGGGUUUGCAGGAGAGUACGGGGUCUGGAAGUAGAUCUGUUCGCUACAGAGGCAAACCACAAGCUGCCUUGUUACGUAGCCCCAAAUCUGGACCCUCUGACAUAAGCUACCGACGCCCUGAGUAUAGAUUGGAACCAGUGGAGGAAGGUUUAUUUAUUCCCUCCAGUGAACCUUCUCCUGAAGGUGCUGCACAAGGCAUGUGCACGCCUGUGGCCCAUUCACAGGCCGUCGUCAAGUGUCAUGGUUUCUUAACGAUGUUCUCAGAUGUAUCAGAGUGCCUAGAGGGAACUCAUAAUUGUCAUACGAAUGCAAAUUGUAUCAAUACUCAAGGAAGCUUUGUUUGCAAUUGUAAACGUGGUUUCACUGGAGAUGGUAUCUUGUGCAGUGAUAUAAAUGAGUGUUUGGAAGGGACAGGCACGUGUAAUGUAAAUGCCAUUUGCAUUAACACUGAAGGAAGCUAUAGAUGCGCCUGCCCGCAAGGAUAUACUGGUGAUGGAUUCCAGUGCUAUGAUAUUGACGAAUGUUUUGAGGGAACAUACGUUUGUCAUAAUUUUGCUGCCUGCGAGAACACUGAGGGCAGCUAUAUCUGUUUGUGUCAAGAGGGGUUCACUGGGGAUGGAAAACAAUGCUUUGAUGUGUCAGAGUGCUUGGAAGGGACCCAUGAUUGUGAUGUUAAUGCAAAUUGUCUAAAUUCUCAGGGAAGCUUCAUUUGCACGUGUAAACCCGGAUUCACCGGAGAUGGCAAAUUUUGUAGUGAUGUAAAUGAGUGCUUAGAAGGAACAGACUUGUGUAAUGCUAAUGCCAUUUGCACUAACACCGAAGGAAGCUAUAGAUGUACUUGCCAACAGGGAUAUACAGGAGAUGGAUUUCAGUGCUUCGAUAUCAAUGAGUGUUUAGAGGGGACAGCAGCCUGUAGUACUUUUGCCAACUGUGUGAACACACAAGGAAGCUAUCAUUGUUCAUGUCGCCCAGGAUUUACUGGGGAUGGAACUCAAUGCUUUGAUAUAAAUGAGUGUCUGAAAGGUACAGACCAAUGCCAUACAAAUGCAGAUUGUGUAAACACAGAGGGAAGUUAUGUAUGUUCAUGUAAAUUGGGCUAUACUGGAGAUGGAAUCAGCUGUUUUGACGUGAAUGAAUGCUUAGAGGGUAAUGUGGCCUGUCAUUCGAAUGCAGUCUGUGUUGACAAUGAUGGAAGCUUUGCAUGCUUAUGCAAAGCUGGUUUUACUGGAGAUGGAGUAGCUUGUUUUGAUAUCGAUGAGUGUUUGGAAGGAACUGCAAUUUGUCAUGUCCAUGCUGAAUGCAGCAACACAGAAGGGAGCUAUGUGUGUACUUGCUUGCCAGGAUUUACUGGAGAUGGAAUAAAUUGUUUUGAUGUGAACGAAUGCCUAGAACUAUCAGCAGCUUGUAGUGUUAAUGCAAAUUGCAAUAAUGUAGAGGGAAGCUAUUAUUGCAUUUGCAAGCCAGGGUAUACUGGUGAUGGAGUAAAUUGUUUUGAGAUAGAUGAAUGCUUAGAAGGAACAGCAACUUGCAGUACUAAUGCACAUUGCACAAACACCAUAGGGAGCUAUUUGUGUACCUGCAAGACAGGAUAUACUGGUGAUGGAGAAAAUUGUUUUGAGAUAGAUGAAUGCUUAGAAGGAACAGCAAUUUGUAGUCCAAAUGCAAUUUGCACAAACACUGCAGGCAGCUAUUUGUGCACCUGCAAGACAGGAUAUACUGGCGAUGGAGAAAAUUGUUUUGAAAUAAAUGAGUGCUUGGAAGGAACAGCAACUUGUAGCCCAAAUGCAUUUUGCACAAACACCAUAGGAAGCUAUUUGUGUAUUUGCAGGACAGGAUAUACUGGUGAUGGAGUAAAUUGUUUUGAGAUAGAUGAAUGCUUGGAAGGAACAGCAACUUGUAGUCCAAAUGCUGAUUGCACAAACACUGUAGGGAGCUAUUUGUGUAUCUGCAAGGCUGGAUAUACUGGCGAUGGAGUAAAUUGUUUCGAGAUUGAUGAAUGCCUAGAAGGAACAGCAACUUGUAGUUCUAAUGCUGAUUGUACAAACACACCAGGGAGCUACUUGUGUACUUGCAAGUCAGGGUACACUGGUGAUGGAGAAAAUUGUUUUGAGAUAAAUGAAUGUUUAGAAGGAACAGCAACUUGUAGUCCUAAUGCAGUUUGCUCAAACACCGUAGGGAGCUAUUUGUGUACUUGCAAGGCAGGAUAUACUGGUGACGGAGAAAACUGUUUUGAUAUAGACGAAUGCUUAGAUGAAACAGCAACUUGUAGUAGUAAUGCAGUUUGCACAAACACUGCAGGAAGCUAUUUGUGCUUUUGCAAGACAGGAUAUACGGGAGAUGGAGAACAUUGUUUUGAUAUCAACGAGUGUUAUGAAGAUUUGCACAACUGUGGUAGUGCUGCUUGCGUUAAUACAGAAGGAAGUUUUUACUGCGAAAUCUAAGCUCAGGAUGUCAGUGACGUACGUGGCAAGCUUAGAUGAUUUCUCCCAGAACAAUAGAUAGUUAAACUUGUACUAUUCCGAAAAUAUUUUGUCGCGGUGCUAUUUGUAUAAACUAAAAAACUGAAUUUCAAUUUUAUGAGAAUAGUGUUCUCAUAUCUCAUUAUGAUUGUAGGUGCAUAUAUUUUUAGAAAUUUUAUACAUGUAUAUUUUGUUAAGUUUUGAUAACAUGAGAACUUUGAAAUCAGUUUUGUCUAGUCAGAAGUUUCUGUAAAAUGUGGACGUAAUGUGUACAAUAAUUAAAUCUACAUUUAUU